GCAAACAGUGUUCAGUGUUUUAUGAUAAGCUCCCUAUAUUCUGAAAACAAAGAUGUUAUUGCUUUGUUUCCUGUAAAAAAUUUAAAUGCUAAGGAAUUGUUAGGCAUGACUAAGGCAGCAAUAGCUGCUGUAACAAAAGCAGGAUUUAUCAUAAUUGCUGCUAUUGCAGACAAUAGGAUAAAUCGAAAUAUGUUUACUGAGUUGUGUGGAGGUAUUUUAAAACCAUGCAUUCCAAAUCCUUUUAACACAAAUAUUCCACUUUUUCUUAUGUUUGAUUCUGUUCAUAUUUUGAAGGUUCUUCGAAAUAUAUGGCUGAAUCAAAAGACUAAGGAUACUACUCUUUUCUUUCCUUCUUUUGAGAACUUUGAUGAAAUUAUGGAGGCAUCAUUUGAUGAUUUACGCAACAUUCACUAUAGUGAAAAAAAUGAAAUAGUGAAGAUGGCGCCAAAGCUGAAUGAGAAAGCCCUUUUUCCCAGCAGUGUUGAGAGACAAAAUGUAAAUUUAUGCCUGCGAAUAUUUCAUGAAUCUAAUAUGCAUGCACUUACAAUGUUAGAUGAAGUGAAAUAUAAGGGCACCAUAACCUUUCUUCACAUAAUAAUUAAGUGGUGGAAAAUAGCCAGCAUUAAAAAUACAAGGAAAGGCUAUGAAAAGCUUGACCACGAUUCUGUGCCUUUUUCCUGUGUGAAUGACGCAAGAAUAAAAUUUCUUUCUUGUCUUUCAAGUUGGUUGAAAGAGUGGCAAAAAAAAGAAAUCCCUGGAUUUAAAAGAAAUCAAGGUAAAUUGACGUCCGAAACAUUUUUUGCGUUUCAACACACUGUUCAAGCCCUGACUGAUGUUAUAAAAUAUCUCAUCAGUGAAAAAAAAGAUAAAUUUGUUUUGACUGGCAAAUUUCAAACCGACAACUUGGAAGGUCGGUUUGGUCAAUAUCGACAGUUAAAUGGAGGCAACUACAACUUAUCAGUUGACCAAGUGCUGAAGUCAGAAAAGAAACUCAGGAUUACAAGCUUAUUAAAGUUAAGAUCUGAAUCUUAUGGAGAAAUGCCCAUCUCUGACUUUAUGGCAGAUUUUUCUGAAAAAAUUGAUACGGAACAAGGCAAUGAUAUGGAGGAAAACAAUUACAAAUUUGAAUUGAAAGGUUUUGUGGAUAAUAUUCAAUUUGAAAAUGAAGAGGAUAUUCCACAAUCUAUCUAUAUUUCUGGUUAUGCUGUCCAUCAACUUAAAAAAAAGUUACAUUGCUCUUCCUGUAUUAAAAUGCUCUCAACAGAAAAGAGUUUAGUCUUGGAGAAUGAUAACUCCUCUCACAAUUAUUUCAACCUGGUAGAAAAGGGUGGGCUGAUGUACCCAAAUGAAUUCACCACUCGUGUGUUUUUGUUGUGUUUGAAGGUUUUUAAAUGCGUGUUAAAACGUGACAAUGAACAUUUGCUACUAACUGAUAAUGUAAAAAAAAUUCUCACCUCUAUGACAUAUGACAAAGUUGUUGAACUGUAUGUCAACCAAUGCUGUCCAUCUUGUGGGGAAGGUACUCAUGAUUUAUCUUUGAAAUGUAUCUCUAUAUUUUUUAAUAUAUUUCUAAGUAAUUAUUCUAAGGUAAAAAAUAAUGUUGUCCAUUCAUCAUGCCAAAAGAGAAAAUAUGAUAUGUUAAUGGCAUCUAUACAAUGA